AUGAAAUCAUUUCAUUUUUUGUUUGUUUUCUUAUUAGUGAACAUCGCUGUCUUGGGUGUGCAUCCGACCGAUCCUCCAACUGGCCCUCUUGUUAAAACUUAUUCUGAACCAAAAGACGUACGUGAUGUGUAUAACUAUUUACAAGAUGCUUAUAAAUCAUUAAACUGCAAUUGCUAUAUCAAGAACCCAAAAAAAGAAACGCCACCCAGAACUUGCGCACCCCUGAAAGUAAAUUUGGUGGAGACAAAAGCACUGUGCGAUUUUAUAAACGAUAAAAUACUAGAUCCUACGACACCAUCUACCACUAAUCCAACUGCUGUUUCUGCCAGUAAUCCGACCACCACCCCUACCACUAAACCAACUACUGCUCCUACCAGUAAUCCGACCACCACCCCUACCACUAAACCAACUACUGUUCCUACCAGUAAUCCGACCACCACCCCCACCACUAUUCCAAAUACUGUUUCUUCCAGUAAUCCGACCACCACCCCUACCACUAAACCAACUACUGCUCCUACCAAUAAUCCGACCACCACCCCUACCACUAAACCAACCACUGCUCCUACCAGUAAUCCGACCACCACCCCUACCACUAAACCAACUACUGCUCCUACCAGUAAUCCGACCACCACCCCUACCACUAAACCAACUACUGUUCCUACCAGUAAUCCGACCGCCACGCCUACCACUAAACCAACUACUGUUCCUACCAAUAUUCCGACCACCACUCCUACCACUAAACCAACCACUGCUCCUACCAGUAAUCCGACCACCACCCCUACCACUAAACCAACUACUGUUCCUACCAGUAAUCCGACCACCACCCCUACCACUAUUCCAAAUACUGUUCCUUUCAGUAAUCCGAUCAACACCCCUACCACUAACCCUACUACUGUGCCUACCAGUAAUCCGACCGCCACGCCUACCACUAAACCAACUACUGUUCCUACCAGUAAUCCGACCACCACCCCUACCACUAAACCAACUACUGCUCCUACCAGUAAUCCGACCACCACCCCUCCCACUAACCCUACUACCGUGCCUACCAGUAAUCCGACCGCCACGCCUACCACUAAACCAACUACUGUUCCUACCAGUAUUCCGACCAACACCCGUCCCACUAACCCAACUAAUGUUCCUACCAGUAAUCCGACGGCCACGCCUACCACUAAACCUACUACUGUUGCUACCAGUAUUCCGACCAACACCCCUCCCACUAACCCUACCACCGUGCCUACCAGUAAUCCGACCGCCACGCCUACCACUAAACCAACUACUGUUCCUACCAGUAUUCCGACCAACACCCCUCCUACUAACCCAACUAAUGUACCUACCGGUAAUCCAACCACCACUCCUACCACUAACCCUGCUAGUAAUCCAACUACUGUUCCUACCAAUAAUCAGAUCACCAAAAACACGGCAACAAACACAGCGGCUGUUGUCAACAAACCAGAUAAUGAAAGUACUCGUACUUCUUCUUCAACAUUGUGGUGGGCGGCUAUCGGCUGUUUCUGUUUAGGGGUCGUCAUCACGAUUAUUGUAAAAGUCAUAUACAAUAAAUACAAAAAGAAAUCCUAUGUGUUGCCGCCGGAACAAAACUCGGUGUAG